AUGAGUCUGCAGAUCUUAAAUGACGAAAAUGUUAGUGGUGAUAUAUCUGCAGAAACUUGUGACUUCCUGUUUUCACUACCCGAGCUAACAGGAAGAUCAUCAGUUUUUUGUACAUCCCAGAAAGAAAAUGUACCACCCAAAAAUACAGCAAAAACGAUGAAAGUAACUUUUCAAACUCCUUUGCGAGAUCCACAGACAAAAAGAAUUUUAAGCCCAAACAUGACAAACCAACUUGAGAACUGUUUUACUCUGGAUGAUGGUACAAAUGAUUUAAAGAAUUCUCAGCUGCCUGCAUCAAGAUGUGAAAAAAAUCAGCAGGUAACCAAUGAAAUUGACAGUAAAACUAUGAGUGAAGAACUUCAAAGACAAGAAACAAAUCCUGCACCUUAUCCAGAUGAUCUGCUACCAGUGAAAAGCAGUGGCUCCUACAAUAUUGACUUUGAUAUUCUGGAUGAUUUUGAUCCAUUUGUAACCUCAUCCCAAAUUCCAAGGUCUUUCGAAAGUUUAAGAUCCGAAAUUGUCUUAGAAGAAAUUAAUUGUUACUCAUUGGAUAAUACUUUGCCACUUAUUUCUGAAGGCUUUAAAGAGUCUCCAAGAAUAAAAUCUUCUGGAAGCCCUGAAAAAACCUUGGAGAAAAGCUGUGAUAGUAUACGAUCUGCUUCAUUAGUUGACAAAAGCACUAACGAAAUAAAUAGAGAUCCAGCAUUAGAAGAUGAGUCGGAUAGCAAUGUGGUUAUCCAGAAUCUUAUUGUGAAUGAAAUGGUGCCCAAUAAAGAAGAACAGAAAUUAUCUUUGGUCUCUGAACAGCCUGAAGAACCACUUUCUAAUACAGUGCAAGAUCCUCAGUCUGCCAGUGUAUCAACACAUUUGCCAGCUUCUAACUCUGAUUUUGUCAACAAUGAUGAAAAAAAGGUUAUUGAUUCUGAAUUACCAAAUCUUCCCCUAGCAGAAGAAAAGCCUGUGCAAGCUGUUGGACCUUUGAAAUGCCAGCCUAUAAAACUAGAAUUUGACUUUUCUGAUAACAUUACUGUCAAGCCACCACCAAGUAAACUAGGCAAGGGGCCUGCAGUUAAACCACUUUCCAAGAAACCACCUAUAACUCAAAGGAAUGUGACAAAAAACUUGGCAAAGGAAAACAAAUGUCAGGAUAAAGAAAAUAUUGACCCUCUUCCAAAGGGAUCUUAUACUUUAGAUUGGGACAAGCUUAAUGAUCCAAACUUUAACCCUUUUGGUGAAAAGGCUAAGCCUUCCACUUUUGAUCGCCAGAAAUCUAGUAAUGAAACCGCUCAACAUCAAGAAAAUCAUAUAGCACAGAAAGACUGUCCUUCCACUGAGGAGCAGAAUAGUGUGACUGUUAUUGAUGACAUAUCUAGAAGUCAGCAGGUUAUCCCUGUUGCUCUUACUGCUGAUAAAUCUGUGCUCCCAGUAGUAGAAACUUUGAUAGCAGUGAAUCAGGCAGAGGCAGAUGCUGUCCAACACCAGGAGAAAACAGAAAAUUCUUCAGAUACUUCCGUUGACACAAGCAGUCAAGUUAGUCCAUUGUUGACCACUGAUUCUCAACUCCACCAGAAGGAUGAAUUUGAUGCAAGUGCCAAGAUAGAAGCUGCCAUCUCUGAAGAGGACUUCAAGUCUCCUUCACAAGUUCUAGGCAUGGACAUAGCAAUUGACUAUUUGGAACAGUUUGGAACUUCUUCAUUUAAAGAAUCUGCCUUGAGAAAACAGUCCUUAUAUCUUAAAUUUGACCCACUACUAAAGGAUAGCCCUGAUAAACUGGCUCCUGUAACUACUGAAACAACUAGUAGCCUCCCUGAUGUUUUGACAAGCAAGCACUCACAGAAAAAUAAUCAAGAUAAUGCAAAACUUGAUGAAUUUGACUUCCUAGGAACACUUAAUAUUCCUGUAAUAGAACCUCCUCCCCGUGAUGGACCAGAAUGUCUGGAUAUUCUGGAUAUCCCUGUGACAGUUACAAGUUUGCCUAUUUCAGUAGAUUCGAUUAUAGAUGUGUUGAAAUAUAGCCAGAAAGACAUGGAUGUGGCUGUAGAAAAAGUCAAACAAGAAGUUAAAGAAAAAGAAAUGCAAAUUCAAGAAUUGGAAGAUAAACACAAAAAAUUCUAUGUGAAAUAUUUAGAGAUGGGGAAAAUUGUGGAAGAAUAUGAAGGGAUGAUAACUCAGAUGAUAGCGGAUUCUCAGAAGGAGAAAGAAGUUACAAAGGCGGAAAUCCAGAAGAUUUCAGAAGAAAAACAACAAAUUACAGCAGACCUGAACUCCAUGGAAAAAUCUUUCUCAGACCUCUUCAAACGACUAGAAAAACAGAGGGAGGCUUUAGAAGGAUUUCAAAAGAAUGAAGAAGCACUGAAGAAAUGUGCUCAAGAUUAUCUACUAAGAAUUGAAAAGGGAGAGCAGCGGUACCAAGCAUUAAAGGCUCAUGCGGAAGAGAAAUUAAAUGCAGCAAACGAAGAAAUUGCCCAGGUUCGGAGCAAAGCAAAAGCUGAGACUCUAGCUUUACAAGCAAAUUUACGAAAAGAACAGAUGAGAGUCCAGUCACUAGAGAAAACUUUGGAACAAAAAACUAAAGAAAAUGAUGAAUUGACCAAAAUCUGUGAUGACUUGAUUUCAAAGAUGGAAAAGAUCUGACUUGGGAAUUUUGAAUCGUUUGAUUUUUUUUUUUUUUUUUUUGUUCACCCUAACCUGGUCCUUCUUUCAGUGUUGUCAGUUAUGUAUAUGUAAUGUUUGUUAGUCACUUGCACUUUCUUAACCUCUGUUUUUCCAUGUUGCAGAUAUCUUAAUGUGUGUGUGUUUUUUUAAUUUAGUAAAUUGAACUGUUUUUAAAAAUGUGCUUGAAUAAAAAGUUAAUCCUU